AGCCAGUGUUCCCGAAACGCUUGUGCUUCAAACCAGCAGCAGGUUCGCUCUCCCUUCGGCCUUCCGCAAGGCUGGCAUUCGAUCUCUCACACAUUUCCUCACCACUUUCGUCUCCAAUAUAUAUACGGAAGCCUCCGCUCUGGAAGCAGCAAGAUAAAGGCUAGCCAGUUCCUCGGCAGUACUGCAGAAAGUGGCCGGCAGGGAUAGGUAGCUAGCCAUGGCGCCAGCAUUGCCUUGUAGGUCAAGGCUGCGGCUCCUGUGCGUAGCCUUGGCCUUCCUCCUAGCCCUCGAUAUGGGCAUGGCGGACAUGUACAAGGACAUCGAGAUCAUAUGGAGCGCGGACCAUACCUUCUACUUCAUGGACGGCGAGAGGGAGGCGCUGGCGCUCUCGCUGGACUAUAACCGGGGCUCCGCCUUCAAGUCCAAGGAAAUGUACCAUUUCGUCCGCAUCGACAUCGACAUCAAGCUCGUCGAAGGCAACUCCGCCGGCACCGUCUGCACCGUCUACACCAUCUCGGAAGGACCGUGGGAGGUUCACGACGAGAUCGACCUGGAGUUCCUGGGCAACUCCACCGGCGAGCCCUACACCCUCCACACCAACAUCUUCGCCAACGGCGUCGGCGGCCGGGAGCAGCAGUUCAAGCUCUGGUUCGACCCCAGCUCCGAGUACCACACCUACUCCAUCGUCUGGAACCCCAAGCGCAUCACGAUCGAGGUGGACGGCGUGACGGUCCGGACGUUCGACAACAACCAGGACCAGGGCGUGCCGUUCCCGUCGUACCAGCGGCAGCGUGUGUACGGGAGCUUCUGGAGCGCGGAGGACUGGGCAACGCAGGGCGGGCGCGUCAAGACGGACUGGAAGCUGGCGCCGUUCAUCUCCUACUACAGCAACUACAAUGUCACCUGGUGCCAGCCCUCGCCCGGCGUGUUGUGGUGCGGCACCGAGCCCGCCGAGUCCACGCACUUCAACCUCUCCCCGAAGGCGCGCGCCGACCUGCAGUGGGUGCGCGACAUGGGCUACGUUAUCUACGACUACUGCACCGACAGGAGCAACCGGUACAACGACACCACCAGGCCCAAGGAGUGCUCGCUCCCGCCCCGGCCGUGAAGAAUGCGUGAUCCUUAGUUUGGCUGAGCGAGAGGGGUUGUUGACCGGCCGAUUCAUUGUUUGGGUUCGCUAUACAGCAUCGUCCACUGAUUAUUUUGUAGUACUCCCGUUGGUUCUUUUUACUCUGCAUAUAAGAAUUGUCUGAAAUCAAAUUUUACAAAGUUUACAGAAUGAGAAGGGGGGUUGGCAGGAGAUGAUUAGAGCCAAAUAUUUGAGAAGGAAAUCUUUGGCUCAUUGUGAAUCGUCUAUAGGCAAUUCCCAUUUUUGGAAUGGAUUGUUGAGUAUAAA